AUAAAGUUGAAGGAAAACAAAAUAGAUUGACCGAAGAUUAAACUUUGUUCAAAAUUGAACGCAAUUUACAGGAAUCUAAAUUAAAUCAUGUUGCAAGAAACGGAGUGUACACUUUUUGAACUGCUCCAGUGCAGGAAUAGAAAACAAACUUAGAGGCGCUGAUGGAUGAAUACUAGUUAAGACGCGGGCAUGACAGCUCUCAGGCUUUUCUUUGGUGUCACUCAACGUGUUAUGUUUUUAUAAAAGUUAUAAUUGUUGAUUGAAAAUGGGCAUUUUGAAAUUUUAUAAAGUACCUGGUCUGAAAACAGGUCAAUUGAAAAGUAAAUUGCAUAAAGUGUCGGAAAUUGUAUCCUCGAUUAUAGAUCUUGAAACUGAAUUAUGUUAUUAUGUGGAAACAGUUGAAUCACUUGAAGAAAAUGAAGUUCAAAUAUUAAAGUGGAUCUUGUCAACUCCCUUCCAAGAAGAAUAUUUGCGAUGCAAUAGCGUAUUUAAUGAUAUUCAAGAUCAUGCUAUUGUUAUUGAGAUUGGACCGAGAUUGAAUUUUUCGACUGCAUUUUCUACGAAUGUAGUUUCCAUAUGUAAAACUGUAAAAUUGUGCAAAGUAACAAGAGUAGAAGUGGCGACUAGAUAUUGUAUUAAGUAUAAAGGGAGAUUUGAUAAGAAAAUAGAAAAUGCUAUUGUAGAUGCCUUGGGAGAUAAAAUGACAGAAUGUAGAUAUAUGAAACCUAUUGAAACAUUUGAUCAUGGCUUUAGGCCAGAGAAAUGGUUUGAAGUUGAUGUAAUCAAAAAUGGCAGGAAGGCUUUAGAAGAAGUUAAUUUGAAAUUGGGUUUGGCAUUUGACGAUUGGGAUUUAGAUUUUUAUACAAAAUUAUUUUGCCAAAAGCUGAAACGUAACCCAACUAGCGUAGAAUGUUUCGAUCUUGCCCAAUCUAAUAGUGAACAUAGUCGUCAUUGGUUUUUUAAAGGACGCAUCAUUUUGGAUGGCAAAGAGAAAAAAGAAUCCUUAAUUAACAUGAUUAUGGAUACACAAAAUUACUCAAAUUUUAACAAUGUGAUUAAGUUCAGUGACAAUAGCAGCGCCAUAGAAGGAUUUACGAUUCCUGUCUUACGUCCUACAAUCACUUACAAAUGCAGUAACUUUCAUGUGGAAAAUAUCAAACAACAUCUUAUUUUUACAGCAGAGACGCACAACUUUCCAACCGGUGUAGCGCCUUUCAGUGGCGCUACAACGGGAACCGGAGGUCGACUAAGAGACAUACAAGGAAUUGGUCGGGCCGGAUAUUAUAUAGCAGGCACUGCAGGUUAUAGUGUUGGCAAUCUUUUAAUUUCAGGCUACGAUUUGCCAUGGGAAGACAAGGAUAAAAUUUAUCCUAGCAAUAUGGCGCUGCCAUUAGAAAUAUUAAUCGAAGCAAGUAACGGUGCUUCCGAUUACGGAAACAAAUUUGGGGAGCCUUUAAUAUCUGGUUUUAUACGUUCUUAUGGAGCGACAGAUAACAUGGGAGUUAGACGAGAAUGGAUCAAGCCUAUAAUGUUUAGUGGAGGAUUAGGAACUAUGGAUGCGAAUUUGGCAAAUAAAAUUCCAGCAAAGCGAGGAAUGGAAGUUGUUAAGAUCGGUGGACCCGUUUAUCGAAUUGGUGUAGGAGGUGGCUCAGCGAGUUCUAUGGAAGUGCAAGGUGAUAAUAGUAUGGAAUUAGAUUUUGGUGCUGUACAACGCGGUGAUCCUGAAAUGGAGCAAAAAUUGAAUCGUGUUGUGCGUGCGUGCGCGGAGAUGGGUGGUAGCAAUCCAAUUCUUAGUAUCCACGAUCAGGGAGCCGGAGGUAACGGAAACGUUCUAAAGGAGUUGGUGGAACCUGCCGGUGCUGUGAUUUUUACAAAGAAUUUUGAUCUCGGCGAUCCUAGUAUUAGUACGAUGGAACUUUGGGGUGCGGAAUACCAAGAAAGCGAUGCAAUUUUAUGCAAGUCCGAAGACAGUGAUUUAUUAAAAGAAAUUGCUGCACGUGAAAAAUGUCCAAUUAAUUUCGUCGGCAUUGUCACUGGAAAUGGAAAAAUCAUUGUUUCCGAAGAAGAGAAUUGCGAUAUUUCAAAAUAUGUCAAUGAUGAAAAUGAAAACUUAGACAGUACUAAGCAUCCAGUAAAUUUAGAGCUAGACGUUAUCCUUGGAAAAAUGCCUCGUAAGAUUUUUAAUCUACAUAACGUGCCGCUGCCAAAAUUUCCGACAAAAUUGCCCGACGGAUUAUCCGUGCUCGAUGCAUUAAACAGAGUUUUACGACUUCCAUCGGUGGCUAGCAAACGGUAUUUAACGAAUAAGGUAGAUCGCUGUGUGACGGGCUUGGUGGCUCAGCAGCAAUGUGUCGGACCAUUGCAUACUCCUCUGGCUGACGUUGCCGUGACGGCCAUUUCAUAUUUUUCCACAAAAGGCAUCGCAACUUCUAUUGGCGAACAGCCAAUUAAAGGAUUAGUAAACGAAGCAAUCGGCGCUCGAAUGACGGUUGUCGAAGCUCUUAGCAAUCUGGUAUUUGCGCGAAUUUCCGAAUUACGUGACGUUAAAUGUAGUGGCAAUUGGAUGUGGCCGGCCAAGCUUCCAGGCGAAGGUGCAGCACUCUAUAACGCUUGUAUGGCAAUGUGUUCGUUGAUGAAAGAACUUGGGAUUGCGAUCGAUGGUGGUAAGGAUUCUCUUAGCAUGGCCGCACGUAUCGGCAAGGAUAUUGUCAAGGCACCUGGAACUCUCGUCGUAUCUUGUUACGCACCGUGUCCCGACAUUCGCCAGGUAAUCACUCCAGACUUGAAAGCUCCCGUUAUGGGACUACAAGGUAGUCUACUCUUUAUCGAUUUAUCUUAUGACAAGAGUCGCCUCGGAGGAACCGCUCUGUCUCAAGUUUAUCGUCAAUUGGGCAACGAUGUGCCGGAUAUCGAAAAUGUGCAGGCUUUCAAACAUGCCUUUAACGUUACGCAGCAAUUAAUUGCCGAUGAAAAGAUUCUCGCUGGUCACGACGUCAGCGACGGAGGAUUGAUAACAUGCCUUCUAGAAAUGUGUUUCGCUGGAAUGUCAGGGAUGAAUGUCGAUAUAACUCAUAAAUCUGCAGCCGCUAUCGAUGUUUUAUUUUCCGAAGAGGUUGGUUGGAUAUUGGAAAUUGAUAAGAAAUAUCAAAAUGAAGUAACGAAAACGUUUCAACACUGCGACGUUCCCGUUUAUUUAAUCGGAGAAUCCGUGGGGCUUGGAAUGGAAUCGAAAAUAGUUAUUAAAAUACGAAAUGAGAUUGUAUUGAACACUACAGUAAUCGAUUCAAUGAACAUUUGGGAAGAAACUAGUUUUCAACUGGAAUGCCAUCAAACAAAUGUCGCCUGCGCCUCGAAAGAGUUUUCUGGGUUUAAAGAACGAACUAUUCCCGCUUAUCAUUUGAGUUUCGAUCCCGUUAGAUUUCGAUCGAUACCGACAGAUCCAUCAAAUAAUAUUAAAGUAGCCGUCAUAAGAGAAGAAGGUAUUAACGGGGAUAGGGAAAUGGCAGCUUCUCUAUGGGAAGCUGGCUUUGAUGUCUAUGACAUUACGAUGCAAGAUUUGCUGAAAAAUCACAUCACAUUGGAAAUGUUCAAAGGCAUAAUUUUUCCUGGAGGUUUUAGCUACGCCGAUGUUUGUGGUUCUGCCAAAGGAUGGGCAGCCGGUUUUCUUUUUCACCCAUCUCUACGCGAACAAUUAUGCAUUUGUAACAGGUACACAGAUGAUUAUGGGCAUCCGACUGAAUGUUAUCCUAUGAAUCCAAAUGGUAGUGUAAAUGGUAUUGCUGCCAUUUGUUCUAAAAAUGGUCGACAUUUGGCGAUGAUGCCGCAUCCAGAAAGGUCUACCCAAAUGUGGCAGUGGCCUUGGAAACCAACAGGAUGGAAUUAUGAUUUCUCACCAUGGCAACGACUUUUCGACAAUGCAUAUACUUGGUGCCAAGAAUACAAUUAGAAAAUUUACUAUCAAAUUCAACAACGAAUUUAAAAAACAUUACUAUAAAAUAUUUUAUUGUUAACACUUUAUUGUUAAUACUUUAAUAAUUUGCAAACCAUCGUCGAUAGCGCUGCCAGUAUUUUAUCGUUGUCCAACAAAAAAUUUCACAGAGUUACAAAAGAAAAUGAAAAGAACGAGGCGAGUCAGCAAAUCGAGGAGCAGAAGCAAUAAAUCGAAGAACAAAAGCAGCAGGCACAGAACAUUAGUUUGUCGUUCCUCGACGAAGCAACACUCAUCUUACCAGGUUUGGGGCUAGAUCCACCGAUGAUCGUGAAGAAGCUUACAGUUCAUCAAAUUCGUAGUCUUUCAUGCCUUCGCUGCUUAUUUUCAAAUUUGCGCAGUCUAUCUUCGAUAAAGUCUCUAAUAUUAUUAUUCCUAACUUACAGAAAUUGAACUUGAUGAAAUUAAAUUUGAUUUUCUGUAAGAAAUUGUUUACAUUUGAUUUUCCGUAAUAAAUAAAUCGAUCAAUGUUAACGUUUUUAUACACACUAUAAGUAUAAUUCUAUCUAUGUAAUAAACUAUGUAAUGUACGAUGAAGAUAUAGUUUGUGAAAUAAACAAUAUGAACUAAAA